AACGCCUGUGCCGGUCGUCAUCUCCGUGCGCCAGCCGGAAGUGAAGUGGGUGUGGCGGAGCACCUGGACGGUGGCCGUGCAGGGACAGGCCGAGCAGGAAGUGCCGGGCCCGCGGCGUGAAUAGCGCGCGGCUCCUUCCCUGCCGCUGCCGCCGGCGCUGCCCCGAGGCGGGCGGGCGCGCCCCUCCCCCCGCCCCGGCGCCAGCGGCCUCCGAGAGCGGCGCGCGGUUGCCCCGGCAGCGGGGGCGGUGGGCGCUGACGCUGACACUCGGCGCCCAUGGCCCGGCUGGGCGCCGGCCGGCUGGCGCUCGGGCUGGCGCUGGGAGCGGCGGCGGCGGGCGUCGGCCUGCUGUGGGUGCUGCGGCGGCGGCGGCGGCGGCCCUGGCGGCGGGGGAGCGGCCGGGAGUCGGCGGGCGAGCGCUGCCCCAGCGCCGCGGCGGCGGAGGUGCCCCGGCGGCAGAGCCAGGCCCUUCCCAGAAGGCAGCUUCCUGUAGAGGCAGGAGAUGGUGCUAUGUACACACCUCUUCUAACACAUGAAGGGCAGGUGGAUGUGCUGGACCGUCUUGACUUUGUGUUGAGGAACAUUACAGAGCUACGACAAGAAGUGGAAGAGCUACGAAAGAGCUUGCAGCACUUAGCUGCGGAAAUUGUUGGUGAAGUCAAGUCCCAUCUGGAAGAAAGCCAGAAAGUAAAUCGGCGAAGGCGGUUCCCAUUUCCCAGAGAAAGAAGUGAUUCCACAGGGUCCAGUUCAAUUUAUUUCACAGCCAGCUCAGGAACAGCCAAUACAGAUGAUGGUGAAAGUGAAGGAGGGUACACCACAGCCAAUGCUGAGUCUGAUUACGACCGGGAGUCAGAGCAAGAGAGCGAGGAAGGGGAAGAUGAAGUGAGCUGUGAAACAGUGAGGACUGCGCGAAGGGAUUCCCUGGACCUGGUCAAUGAGGAUGAAACGCAUUUAAUCUUAGAUUCCUCAGUAGAGGAAGGAAUGGGUCAGCUACUGCAGCAGGCUGACCAGUUGCAUAAUGGAGAUGAUCAGGAGAAGAGAGAAGGAUUCCAGCUGCUACUUAAUAACAAACUGGUGUACGCAGACCAGAAAGAUUUUCUUUGGCGCCUGGCCCGAGCACACAGUGAUAUGUACGAAAUCACAGAAGACACAGAGGAGAAGAAAUCAUAUGCAUCUGAUGGGAAGCAAGAAAUAGAAGCUGCCUUACAGAAAUGGGAUCAAAGUGCUGAGUGUCAUCAGUGGUAUGCUAUUCUUUGUGGACAGUUAUCAGAACAUGAGAGCAUUCAGAAGCGCAUUCAAGUUGGGUAUGUUUUUAAGGAACACAUUGAUAAAGCAAUUUCACUGAAACCGGAUGAUCCAAAGUCCUACUAUCUUUUGGGCAGGUGGUGUUACCAGGUUUCCCAUCUGGGAUGGCUUGAGAAAAAGACUGCUGCUGCUUUGUUUGAAGCCCCUCCUACAGCCACUGUACAAGAUGCACUGCAAAACUUUUUAAGGGCUGAGGAGUUGAGCCCAGGAUUUUCCAAAGCAGGAAGAGUAUACAUUGCCAAGUGUUACAGGGACCUGGGGAAUAACUCUGCAGCUCUUCUCUGGAUGAAUCUUGCUUCAGAGCUGCCAGUUAAUACAAAAGAGGAUGCAGAGAGCAAGAGAGAACUUGAGGAGAUGCAGUUAAUCUGUGAAGAAUAAGUGUUUAAGAGCUCAUUCCAUUUGAUACUACACAGACAGUAAAAUUCCAGUUAAAGGGAUGUCACGAUCCUGACAAAGUUGAUUGCACUUCAUGGAUAAGCCGCAAGAGUUUACAGGAAAAACGCAUGGCAGUCUCAUCAGUAGUUCCAGGAAAAGAUCUUGCUGGGAUUUAAUCAGAUAAAAAUUUUGAUUGUCUGUUCCCCCCCUGACAGCACUGGAUAUUUUUGAUUUAAAAAUUAGAUCAGCUAAUUGUGUUCAUUAGCUUCUGGUUAUCUCCUACGUGAUUCUAAUUUUCACAUUCACUUAAUGUAAACUUCCAAAAAAAUUUUGCACAAAUUCUGCACAUGUAACAAACUGUCACAAGAAUGCCAUUUGGGAAAUGCAAUUGUUUUUUACAGGACAAACUGAACUUCAGGUCUGCUUGCUGGUGAGCUCUCUUAACUGAUUCUUGAGGGAGUCUUCAGCCAAGAUUUUUUUCUGGUUAACUAUUUUGACUUUUCCUUAAUAUACUAUAUUCAUGUAAUGAGUUGAAAUAACUGAUUACCUGUCAUUUGCAUAGAUGUUUCAGUGAGAUGAAGUUUGGAGCCAUUGUGAUCGUGGUCUAUAUACCGUUGGUUUUUAUCAGUCUGCUGCGCUGAAAGCAAUGAGAUGUUCUUACUUCCCUCAGCAUAUUGACUCUGAUGGGCAGGGACACUAUGAUACUAGAUAAGGGUAACUACAAAAAAAAAAAGACUACAAUGCCUUAGAAAAGUGAGUUGUCAGCCCUUUCUUCCUAGCUAGGAAAAUAUUGAUGAUGAUAUUGAAAACACACUCCUGUUUUUCAUUUCCAAGUAUGCCUAACUGCCUACUGGUUUUCCAUUGAGCAGAAAGCAGCACUGCUCAUUGUAGUGAGCUGCUGUCAAGGGACCAGUGAGAUUUUCUUCACAAUAUGAAAUCUGUUUUUUAAGAGAAACAUUACUUUCAUCAGAGAAGUGAGUAAUAACAUUUUAAACUUCCUCCCAGUGAUGUUACUCUUUUCACUCAAGUGAGAAUGGAAGUUGUGUGUGUUUCUCUAAACUAUGCUGCUAUGGUUUAGAUAUAAUACCUUAGUUUGAAAAGCAGUUAUUGAUCUAUAUGAUACACUUGCUACAGGAAAUAGAAUAUUCUGUGACAGAACUGACAGUUCAGUGUAAUGUUCUUCCACUGGUUCUUGCUGACUAACACAAUGACACUGGGAAAAAUAAAGCUGACAACUGACAUUUGUUCUGACAGGUUCUAGGUACCAAAAACAAAAGGUAAACUGUGCUGUAAACUAAAACAAAUGUUGAAGCAAAAACUAUGUUUAGUAAUUUCCCCAAGAAUCUAGCAAGGCUUUAUUUAUAGCCUUUUAAAUUUCAGCUGGCAGGCAACUGGAUGCUUUUUUUUUUUUUAAGAUUUGUUGCAUUUUGCAGUAUUGUAUCAUGUUUAACUUUGAUGUAAAGUGUGAUCACAAGAGUAAAACAUUUCUUAAUUGCCUUUUAAGUUGGUUAUACGUAUGUAUUAAGAUAGUAGUUCUUUUAAUUCAUGCAAAUAAAAUUGAAGGAGAAAUGUUAGCAAAGUCAAGCUCAAAAACUUCUCAUUUUCUACAUGUGGCACUUUUGGUUAGGUUUUUGUCCAAGCUAAUCCCUUUAAAGUUUUGAGGCUGAACUGUCUUGUGAGAUCCAAGCAAAUGCUGAAUUAGUUUUAUUUGUUUGAAACUUUAAAAAUCGAUACCUUAAAUGGAGCGCUGAAUUCUAAGAGACUCAACUUAAUCACUAUUUUUUUGUGCAAAGCUCUCCUCCUGAUCAGCAGACACUAGAUUUUAAUUGCAGGACUCUUCAAUACUUAAUGUGUGCUUUUCUUUUCAGCUCAUUCAGUGGAAUGAUCAGGCUGUCUUUUUUGCUUCAUGUGAGCACAUUAUAUGAAUCUGUCUUGUUUUAAGUAUUUCCCAGUGGAUGACCAUAUGGGUCUUCUAAACACCCAAACUUUAAUAUUAGUUUUAAUUUUUUGUUUGUUUUUGGUUGCUUAAACCAAUCUGUGAAAUCCAGAUUCUCAACACUGAUUUCCGAAAGACAAUAAUCAGCUACUUGAUCCUUUCACGGAAGGUUUGCAGGUGUUUAUCUGGAGGGAACUAAUAACAGCUCACAAAACACAGCAGUUGCUGAAUGAGGGGUACACGUGUUACCCCCAAAGGUAGCAGGGCACCCAGGUACCCUUCCCUACCCACAAGUUCUAGAGUGCUAUUAAUAAAUCAUGUUUGCUGUUGUGUAUGGUUUAAACAUUGCCUUCUUCUAAAAGUAGAUGGUUUCAGCAUAUGUAGUAGGAAGAGUGGGAAAAAGAAAUAUUUACAAUACCAAGAGCUGGUAGCUUUACUUAUUUGCAAACAAGUGCAAGCCUUCAGCUGUUCUUUAACUUGUCAAAACAUUAAACUGUUCUGAGGAGUCUUUCAAGUAUGUAUUUUUCUGGAAGUAGUUUUCUCUCUGUUUCCAAAGGCGUAUAUUUUAGUUUGACUUUCAGAUAUUUUAUUUGAUGUCCAUUUCAAAACAACUAAAAUUGGAGACUGUAAAUCAGUGUAGAUGAAGUAGGCUUAAGAGUUGCCGAUUUGUUCUUCCUUUUGCUUACUGCUUUGGAUUUUGUAUUGGGUUAGGUUUGAAUUUUUCGUGUGGAUGGAUCCCAUUUACGUUGGUUAGGAUGAUGGCACUACUCCCAUUAACUUUAAAAGGGGUAUGAAUGAGGAGAGAGUGUUAUUAAUCGACCUCUUGCCAAGGUGGCUUAUCAGUCUGAAGAAGAAUGCUUUGGCUUACAGGCUGAGCAAAGUAUAUUCUGAAAUUAGACCGAAAUCUUGUGUUAUUACUGACAAACAAUUAAGUAAUUUUCUUCAUGGGGAGAGAAGGUAUUUGGUGAAACGUCCCAACAGACGUAUAUAAGGCAUCUUGGACUGUGACUAGAAUCCUUUCUAUCUUUGAGUAAAAGUACCUGCUUCUGUAGAGGAUAGGGUGAUAGAUAAAUUGUGUUAAUUCUUCUCAGUUGGUGUUACUUCUUAGAUUACUUUGCAAGGGCACAAUCUUUUAACUCUCAUUUUUUAUUCUAUUUCUGUCCUUCUGUGAAUACUUAAAGGUUUAUGCAUUUGAUUGCCUGCUUCACUAUUUUUUCAAAAAACAGACUUCAAUUUUGGGUUAAAAGAAUAGGGUCUGGCAUUCCACUGCCAUUUGUCCUUUGUGUGUGUGGUCUUGUCCCUUCCUUGGGGAAUCUGAAGUUUUGAGGUCUGUUAUUCUUGUGUUCAUACAGGAAAGACUUCCUCUGGGGGCACAGCAUCUGCCUAAAUAGCUAGUGUGGAGAUUUGCAUUUAACAGAUAUUUUUGUGGUCUGAUGUUUCUGCUGGAACCUAAUUAAUGCAUCUCUAAGAACCUGAUGAAAGGAGAUGACAAAACUUGCAGACCCUUUCAAGUCUAGAUAAAAGCUAUAUUCUGCUGUUUUUAUUCUGGUCUCCAGGAAGUUACAACAAAAUGAUCAAAUGAACCUUUUUAGUUUUCUCUUUUUCUUUUCCUUGCUUGCGAUGAAUAAGAAUAAUGUGAUUAAUGAACAUAAUUCUGACAGUAUAGCUUUCAGGUUGCUGUGGAGGUGAGGCAAGGCUGUGUAAUUAAACACUUUCUGAUCACCAAUGCUUGGUGGGUUGUGUUUUUCUUUGGUGUUUUUGUUUGUUUGUUUGUUUUAUUUUAGCAAUAAAAUGUGAAGCCUCCUCUUGUUAGGCUCUUGGUGUGCAGCCUUUUAAUGCAUGUUAGGAAGGAUGGUGACAAGGGAAGCCACUGCUGUUCACAAGGGGAAUGCACUUUAAUAGCUUUCCGACAACACAGAAAUCAAGACUUCUUUUUAAAUUUGCACAUACUUUACUAACCAAUCCCGGAGUACAAUGUGAAUUUCAUGAAGUUGUGUGCACUGUAUGCAUUUCAGGACCACAGGAAGUUAUAAAUUUGUAUAGUACAGUUUUGGUAGAAAGACUCUUUGCCCUGCCACUCUUCAAGUCUUAUCACAGGGUGUGAGAUGAUAGUUUUAUGGAGCUAGUCUUGUCUUAUUUUUAAAACAUACCUACCUGUGAUUAAAUUACUAUAUUAAAGAAUAAUGGAAGCUGCCUAACUAAUUUAUCCUCACUGUGCUGUUCUGUUUGAAAUAAAGUAUUUAUAAUCUAAGGAGGAAGUGGGCCUGUUUAAAGUUACUUGUGUCGAUAUCUUGCUCUUUAUGUCAAUGCAUAUGUAGGUGAAGAAAUCCAACCACCAGGAGAAAAUGUCUAUACAAUGUCAUUGUGUUUGUAUGCAUGUAUGGUAUGACAAAUACAACAGGAAAUUAUGGGGAAAUAACAUAUAACAUUAUUGUUUAUAUAGCAGUGUUUUAUAUAUAACAAUGUGGGUUACACCUGUAGCAGAUUUUGUAUGUAAAUAUAUUGACUCAUACUUACAUUUUUUAAAGGCACCAAAGUAAUACAGCCACACUCAGUGGUAAAUGAUGUACUUCAAGGGAAGUUGUUUUUAAAUAAAUGUGUAUAAUCAGUUGUGA